AUGGAAAAUUCCACAUAUUUCCAUCCUUCUGUGCUGAUGCUGAGCUUUGGAGAUUUGACAUCUUUGAGAUAUCUGUUUAGCGCAUUAACACUGAUUGGUUAUUUCAUAAUUAUUUUUGUCAAUGGCACAGUCAUUAGUGCAGUAGUACUGAACAAAACUUUACAUGAACCCAUGUAUAUAUUUAUUGCUGCCCUUUGUGUAAAUGGACUAUAUGGCAGCAUUGCUUUCUAUCCCAUUUUAUUUGUUCAUUUAGUUUACAAUGUACAAACAAUUUCCUAUACAGGAUGUUUGACACAAGUAUUUUUCCUUCAUACAUAUGGAAGUUUUGAAAUGACCACAUUGACCAUCAUGGCAUAUGAUCGUUAUGUCUGUAUCUGUAACCCCCUGAGAUAUAACAAUAUUAUGUCUCUUGCAACAGUAUUUAAAUUAAUUGUCGCCGCAUGGCUGUACCCUAUUGUAAUUGUAGGGUUACAUGUAAUGCUGACAGCACGACUACCUAUGUGUGGAUCAUUAAUAAUGAAGGUCUACUGUGAUAACUGGUCCGUAGUGAGACUCUCCUGUGUUGAUACUACAGUGAACAAUAUUUAUGGAUUCUUCAUUGCUUCAAGCCUGGUGGUGUCUGCAUUAGUAAUGCUUAGUUACUCCUAUACUAAAAUACUGAAAGUGUGCACAAGAUCUUCAAAAGACAUAUUAAACAAAGCAAUGCAGACCUGUGGUCCUCAGCUGAUAACUAGUGUUAACUUCAUAGUUGAUAUUUUUUUUGAAAUUUUUCUUUAUCGGUUUACACCCACAAUUAUUCCAUAUAAUGUGAGACAGUUUAUGUCCAUGCAGUUUCUUGUAGUGCCCCCGCUUCUUAAUCCUCUAAUCUAUGGAAUUAAAAUAACUGAGAUGAGGGUAAAGAUAAUUAAAAUGUUCAAUAUGAAUAAGAUUUACAACAAAUAG